GAAGAAUCUCAAACUCAAUCUCACAACAAAAAUGAACUCUCUUCGUGCUGUAGCAAUAGCUUUGUGUUUUAUUGUGGCUUUGUUUGGAGUGUUACCUUUCCCUUCCAAUGCACAACUUAAUCCAUCCUUUUAUAGCAAAACUUGUCCAAAUGUUAGUUCCAUUGUCCGGGAAGUCAUAAGAAACGUUUCUAAGACAGAUACUCGUAUGCUUGCAAGUCUUGUUAGGCUUCACUUCCAUGACUGUUUUGUUCAAGGUUGUGAUGCAUCAGUUUUGUUGAAUAACACUGCUACUAUUGUCAGUGAACAAGAUGCUUUUCCAAACAGAAACUCAUUGAGAGGUUUGGAUGUUGUGAAUCAAAUCAAAACAGCAGUAGAAAAGGCUUGCCCUAACACAGUUUCUUGUGCUGAUAUUCUUGCUCUUGCUGCUGAAUUAUCAUCUACACUGUCUCAAGGUCCUGAUUGGAAAGUUCCUUUAGGAAGAAGAGAUGGUUUAACAGCAAACCAAUCACUUGCUAAUCAAAAUCUUCCAGCUCCUUUUAACUCAUUAGAUCAACUCAAAGCUGCAUUUGCUUCUCAAGGCCUCAGUACUACUGAUCUAGUUGCACUCUCGGGUGCUCAUACAUUUGGAAGAGCUCAUUGCUCUUUAUUUGUUAGUCGAUUGUACAACUUCAGCAAUACGGGAAGUCCCGAUCCAACUCUUAACGCAACUUACUUACAACAAUUGCGCAAUAUAUGUCCCAAUGGUGGACCUGGAACUCCCCUUGCAAGUUUUGAUCCAACUACUCCUGAUAAAUUUGACAAGAACUAUUACUCUAAUCUUCAAGUGAAAAAAGGUUUGCUUCAAAGUGAUCAAGAGUUGUUCUCAACAUCUGGUGCUGAUACCAUUAGCAUUGUCAACAACUUUGCCACUGAUCAAAAAGCUUUUUUUGAGAGCUUUAAGGCUGCUAUGAUUAAAAUGGGAAAUAUUGGUGUGUUAACCGGGAACCAAGGAGAGAUUAGAAAACAAUGCAACUUUGUUAAUUCAAAAUCAGUAGAACUAGGUCUUGUCAAUGUUGCCUCAACAGAGGAGGGUAUGGUUAGCUCAAUGUAAAUGUAGUGACUGGAGCCAAAUAAUAAAUAAGCUAUAACUAGGCACAUUCAUGGUAUGUGUUACAUAUCCUUAAAAAAAAAAAAAAAUGGUAUGUGUUACAUAGUUAUUAGGCGUUUGGUGAACAAUUUGUUUUUAUUUGGUACAAGUUUCUUUUUUUAUGUGAAGUACUCCCUCUAUUCCUUUUUAUGGGAUCUUGUAACGAAAAUCACGAGUAUUAACAAAACUUGUUGGAAUAAUAAAUUUGUCACAAAUAUGUAUGACUAUUACUAAA